AUGGAUUAAGAACGAAAACGACGUUGGAUCUAAACCCAGUAAUAGAAAUUGGAGGAUUUGAAAUCGAGGAAGCUCAUAGGGACUCAUCACAUGAGGACUGACAACAUAAGAAUGAGUCGAACGGAAAAAUUAAUUUAAAUGAAAUCGCCUACUAUUUUGAAGCACCAGCAGACAUUGGCUAUUGAUGAAUAUAUUUCGAAGGGGGAUUGCAAGUUGAUCUUUCUGCAACAGCAAAGUGAGGAUGUGGGGUUUAAGACAUUCACAGAGAUGAUGAAAACAAAUUCAAGUUGGAUUAAUAAGGCUGAUCAAUUAAACCCAAACGAAUCCACUCUCAAGAAUAGAUUGCAAUUUAAUUAUGUUUAGGCGAAUACUUUUAAAAGUUCCCUGAAUAAAAAAUGGAAUAGUACUGUCAAUGAAGUUACUGAAUUAUUUUAGAAAUAGGAAGAGUUGGUAUAGCUAUAAAAAGUGAAGAAGGUGAAAUUGAAGGUAAAAACUAUUAAGUAAGAGGAAGAAGAAGAGGAGCAAGUAGACAAUAAUGAGAGGCCAUUUGAAAGUUCAAACAUUAUAAAGGUCUUUUGGUUUAAUAUACAAAUAAGUGAAUGGAAGCCGCCCAUUAGAGAGGGAUGUACAGUCACUUAUCUCCCGUCUCUCAAUAAAGCAUACAUGUAUGGGGGUAUCGGAAACGAUUUGUUCAAGAAUAUGAUACAAUUGAAUACUUUGACUUGGACUUGGAAGGAUAUUGGUGUCGGUUUGGGUGAAGCUCCUUUGGAGGGAAGAUUUGGACAUACAGCCACCUUUUACAAAUAAUAGAUAAUAAUCUAUGGAGGGGAGAGGAAGUACAACAAUGCGAUGAAGAUGAGAGAAUGUUAUGGAGAUGUGCGAAUGUUUAAUCCUUUGGACAAAAUGUGGACACUGGUCAAAACUUCAGGAGAUAUGAUAGAAGGUCGAAGAAAUCACAUAGCUUAAGGCAUAGGGAAAUAUUUUGUUAUUUAUGGGGGUAUCAAUUCAUACGGAAAGAUAUUGAAUGAUGUGUGUGCUCUGAAUAUGGAGACAAAUAAAUGGGCAGUACUUUAAGUGGAAAAUCAGUUUUAGGAUGGAGUUUCAGAUGCAGCUGCUACGGCAUUGUUUAGUGGGGAAGUGAAGAUGGAAAAUCCUUAUUUUAGUUAUGAAUGCAAUAAGAAGAAAGGGAGGUAUCCACAAGUGAAUUGUGAGGGAAUUUAUAUUUAUGGAGGUAGAGUUCAGAAUGGAGAAGCAUCCAAUGAUCUGAGGGUGAUUCAAUUUGGGUUUAAGCCUAUUAGAAUCAUUAAGUUAAAAACUAAAGGCUAAGCUCCAAUAGCAAGAUAUUCUCAUAGCAUGAACUACUAUCACCAAUUUAAUUCUUUGGUUGUCUAUGGAGGGAGAAAUGACUCUAAGGAAGGCAAUAUCCUAAAUGAUUUAUUUGUUUUAUAAUUGCAACAACUCAAUUGGAUAAUGGUGCAAUAGAUUGGAUCGCUGAAACAUGGCAAGUGCAGUCAUUGCAGCAUUUCGAUUGAUUCUAAAAUCCUCAUCUUUGGAGGGUACACUUAGAAUGUCUAUGCCAAUGCUGAUAUACAAUUAAUUGAACUUGAUUAGAACCGAGUAACCAAAAUGGCCAAAGAGAACAAAAUUAACAAUUAAUUAACUAUCACUAGUACAGAAUUAUUAACCAAUGCCAAUCUCAGGUUAUUUAAGACUGAAUAUUUUCAUGAAACAUAGGAGCGUGAUCCGUCGGAUACAAAGAGAACAUUUGAUAAUACUGCAAGGUUGAGCACUCUACAUCUCAAAACAUACAUGCCUCUUCCAAUAGGGAAUAACUCUCAAUUGGUUUAGGAUUACAAGUUAUUGAAAGAAAAAACAAGGAACUCUAAAAAUAAUAAUCUAUUUUUAAGUUAAUGA